UCUUUGGCAUUUGGUAAAGCAUGACGGGUUUACGUAAAAAGCGACGCUCAUCCAAGCAAACUCUGCUCCGAAAGGCUAUCAAGAGGACAAGCGAUGUGGCCGUUAGGUCGCCAAUGUACGACUUGCCCAAAUCUCGAACCAGCCCACAAGCAAAGACCAUCACAGUCGUGAGCUCAAUCAACAGGGAUGCCCAGCUCAAGCAGGUCAUGCAGCACUGCCUGUCGAACAACUCAGCCUCCGGCUGGGAGCCCAGGGAGCACUUGUACGGCGGGUCAAACUUAAGAUCAGCUAAAUCAAUACCCAAACGAAACUUUGUCAAUGAAAUUGGACUUGACCGCGAGCCCUCGAGAUCUUCCAAAUGGUCGAGAGCUAGCUCCUCUGGCUAUCCCUCCAGUUGGAAUUUGGAUGUGUCGCGAUGCGACGAAUUGGACGACUCGUUCACUGAUCGGAUCAGUCUAAACAAGUUUCUCAACUGCAAACCCAAAGUCGGUCGAAGUCUGGCACAGCGGAAGAAGAAAUGCAGUACGGGUGUACAAUGUAGGAUACCUCAUCUGUCCAGGCAGACACGUUUCAAGGCCAGAUCGAAAUUAUCCUCGCUUAGCAUAACUCAAAUCGGACUGGUUGAACCAAUCGCUGGAAGAUACGACAAACCGUUUCAAGAUGCGCCACAGCGAGUGCCUAGUGGAGAGGCGAGACUGAGUACAAACAGCUUGUUGCAAGAUAAUGGAAAUGAAAACAGAACUAGGCCCUUCAAUGGUGGUUACACCUCAUCGGAUUGCAGUUGUGAAUGGGAUUGCGAUAAAGUCAUUUACCCUAAGCAAUCGAAUGUGUACAUUGCCCAUGAAAAAUAUAACCAAAGUCGACCGUCGCCUGAUUCGCAUCGUGAAACUGUAGAGGAGGGCAACACAAGAGUUUCGAGUCGUACAAGGCAACAAAAGGGUAAUGAAAAAUAUGGCGAUAUCAGUCACAGCAGCCAUGAGGAAGGCAAACGAAGGAACUCGAGUCCCAGAAGCCAAGAAAACGGCUAUCGAAGGGGGAUUUCUAAAAACCAAGUAGAGAGCAAACGGGGGAACUCAAGUGCCAGGGGCCAAGUAAUCGGGAACGAACAGAAUGGUAUGAGCGAAGAUGAGUGCAAUGAAAUAGUCAGGCGAAGAAAUCAAGGAAAGGGAACAGAGAGUCGUAGAAACCAACAAAACGGCAAGGGAAAUGACACUAAAAUAAAAGAUCGGAGAAUGCAGAAAGGCUGCGCUAGGUUCCUCUGUCCAAAAGCUAAUGGAAAAUCCGAUCAUUUCUGUUACUGCAAUGCAGAAGAGAAUAUGGAUAUGCAGGGCAACCCACAACCGGAUGAAGUAUGCCAGUGUGAAUAUUUCGAGACCGACGAGCCGAGAGGAAAGCAAAAUGCGAGCAAAGAAGAAAUAAGAGGGACAGCCAGACCUCAAAGUUCUGUCCCAGAAUCAAUGUCCAGUUCAAGACAAUUAAUAGGUCAAGAUUCGGAGCACAGCUCAAGAGAAGGCGAAACUCAAAAUCGUAAAGCUCAAUCAGGAACAAUGUCAAGCUCACGACAAUCAAGACUUCAAACCCAAACAGAAUCUACAAGAAGCUCAAUCCCGCAUGCAGCGACUAGGACCUUGAGAGAAGCGCGAGACUCGCUGUCUAGAAAUAAAAAUAAGAACGCUGAAGUAGGUAAUCGAAAAAAGAAGAGCAUAGGAGGAGACUUGAAUAGUUCAGCGCAAGUCGAUGUCAACAGAUGCAUGAAGGUGCCCUGCCCAAAGGAUGGUGGAAAGGCGGACCAAGGGAGUUUCAAAACUAAUGAGAUGCAUUACUGUUAUUGCAAAGCAAUCAAAAGUGGAACUGAAGAACCGAGCGAAGGAUGUCAUUGUGCAAAUUUCGAUAGCGAUGAACCGGGCGGAGAACAAAAUGCGAGCGUAAAUGAAAGAAUGAUCGAAGAGGAACGCUCAAGGACCAAUCGCAGCGGGGUAGCAACAGCUCCAAGUUCUGACCCAGAAGCAAUGUCUAGUUCAAGACAUUUAACAGCUAUGAGUUCAAGCCAAUCUAGGCCGCUAGAUGGUAGCCAAAAAUCAGCCCAGAGCCUUAGAGAUGGAACUCAGAAUCCUAAGUCAUCAGCCUUUGCAGCAUCGACAUCGAAAAGUACAUCAAAACAAUCUGGACAACUGGCAUCUGCUCGAUCAUCGCCUAAGCAAUCGAGGCCAGGAGCAAUGUCUAGCUCAAGACAACUAGGAGCUGACAGUCCUAAGCAAGAAUGUAUUUCAGUGCCAAAGCGAAAUGCAGCGCGUACAGAUCAAAGUACCACGCAGACUUCAAAUAAAUCUGUGGCCAUUUCCAACGCCACACAGAAUUCUGUCAAGUUUACGAGCCACCAAUGUGAAGUGUGUGACCCCUCGAAUCAGCCGUGGUGCAUGUUUGGCAAUCCACAGUGGUCAAACAAUUGUCAAUAUCAUGGUUGCUCAAACAGGGAACAGACAUGGAGGAGUUGCAAUGGACACAGGAUAUGCAAUUGCUAUUGCCAAUGUUGCUUAAGGGCUCUCAAUAAUCAGAAUUCUAGACGCCCUAAUUCGGCAGCGACUUGGGAAGAAGAAGGUGCAGAGGGAGAGCAGCUCAAAGGACCGUUGGGAUCGAGUCCUGGAUCAAGCUUAAGGUCUGCAGCGAACACGGUUAGGAGCCUCGAUUCGAGAUCAGGCUCGAAAACGGACUCAAAACUGGGUUCGCCACAGGGCUCUGGAUUGGUCUCGGAUUCGAAAACAUACCAAGUCCCAGGGAAAACCUCUUCUAGAUUCCCGGAUAAGAGCGCCGCAAAACUAGUGGAUAAAAAACUGGCCAGAUCGGCAGAGGAAUGCCAUUCGAUCUGUCCAAAUUGCGGCAUUAAUAUUAAUGAGUUUAUACGGAAUUCUAAAAACAAAAACAAAGAAUAUCCACCAAUCAGUGUUGAAGAGGAUAAAAACAUUUAUCAGUCGCCAUUGCAGUCGAAUCCAUCCAAACAGCAAGGGAAUGGGAAAUCAUACGAAAAUAAUGACAGGAGAAAGGAGAGCAGUACCAAGCCUCAUUGCAAUUGUGCCACCUGCACGAGGGAGUGCAAACGGUGCAAGAUAUUACCAGCUGAGGGCAAAAAGGGCGAGCCAUUGGUGAAUCUCGUCGUGAGUGACAAAUGCAAUAUACAGCAGUUAAUUGAGAUACUGAAUGAGACCAGCGCAAAGCUAGAGGAACAGCAGAAUUUGGUGAACCAAUCCGUUGGGAAACCGGCUACAGCAGAGCCUGUAUUCAAUUUCGAUGGUAACAUUGCAAAUAACAAUUGGACUUCAAGCAAUCCGAAUAAUAUCGAUAAGCAUCAGAUGAUGGGGAAUCAUAAUACGCAGUCUAAUCGGAGACAGGAUAAUCUCAAUGUGAAUUAUAAUUCUCCACCCCCUAUUGCAUAUCCACAAUAUGAUCCGCGAUUAUUGCAAACAUACGAAGCUCCAAACGCUGGUACUUUCCCAAACUCCGUGAGAAUUCUCACACAAACCGAAUACGAUUAUCCCGAUCCAGCUGCUGGAGCAUACCAGCCUAACGCUUCGUAUAGAGGUGAAUGCACUUGCUAUCCAACAUUAAAUAAUUAUAUACGUAGGUGCAGUGGCUCUACUUUUCCUAACUGUACAGAUGACAGUGCCCAGACCAGCCCAGUCGGAAAACAAGCAGUUCUACAGAAGAAUUUGAACUCAAAAUCCUUCUUAGAACUUCUUGAUCUGACAAUGGCCGUAAAAGAGAAAGGGGCCCUUCAGAAGGACACAGUUUUUCAACCUAUGCAGAAUAUGCAGAUAUCUAACGAAGAGGAAAGGACUCUUAAAGUAAGCGACUACACAGUUCAUACGAAUACCAAUGGCGAAAAAUCGGAUAGGGUUUAUAAAGACAUUAAUCCAACUCAACCUCCAUUUUAUCUAAAUGAAGUAUUUAAUAAUCCGUCAAUAGAGAAAUUCAAGGGUAAACCAGAAUAUGAGAACAGAAAAAAUGUUGAUAAAUUUGAAUGCAAUUUCUAUAAAAUCGAUGAUAAAGGCAAUAGAUCAUGUCAACGGAAAAGGUUUUCGGAUAUAGAACACCCAGGCCACCCUCGGCGUAAGGCAGAAGCUCUUCAUCAAAGUCAAGAGAAAGUUCUAAGAAAAAAAUUACUACGAAAACAAUUUGAACUAGAGCAAAACACAUCUGAUUCUGAUUACUUUAGAGCAGCUAGUUAUACGCCAGAAAUUAGAAUAUACGAUUUAAGAGAACGAGACAUUAGAGAGAGGAAAAGCGAUUCAGCAGCGUGUCUGCUUGUUUGUACGUGUGUGUUAUUGUGGUGUCUGCGUGUACGUGUUACUGUAGCUGCUCGCGUUACUGUGCCUGUGGGUGAUGUGUGUGUGGGAAACGAAGACAGGUGCUGCACAAGCUGA